UACAAAUGACAAAUCGGCAGCCCUUGGUUCUGCACUUCGUUCCAACGAACCCACCGCCAGACCAAAAGCGUGAAUCGCUGCUUGUCGUCGUCGCAUCCCCAGAACAAAGCAGUCUUUCUGAAAGAGAAAUCACUGGAUCGGUCCUCGAGCGACGAUUCCUCCGGAAAUUCUCCCAAUUCUUUCCAUUCAAAUACAGGAAAGCCACCUCGAGAUCGGGGUUUCACGAUUAAGGAGACCUAAGGCUUCGAUCUGAAUUUCGAAUGGGGAAAUGAUGAUUAGUAGGUAAAGAGUUUCAUAUCCCAAGAUUAGUCAAUCCGACAUGGAAGAAGGCUAUACCAGUCUGCCUACUAGUCACUCGGUCGGCUCCGUGCCGGCAGUGGUUGCUGAAGAAAGCCAAGGUAGGGCCACGAUUGGGGUUUUUCCAAAGACGAAUUUGCAAAUCUUUCCGCCUGGUAAUAUUGCUUCAGGCUAUCAAGCACCAGGAACUCCUUAUGGUGAAGAUGCUCAGAGCGCAAACAGUUGGAAUGGAUAUUUUAGCAUUUCAUCGUACCAACCAUAUUUCAAUGUUGACACAGAUAUUGUAUUUGAUAGGCUUGUUGGUGCGGUGUAUCCCAUGGAUGGUUUUUGUACAAAAGUAGAUGCCAAUCCAGAUCUGUAUGGCCCUGUUUGGAUAUCAACUACGCUGGUGUUUUUGCUUUCUGCGUUGGGAAAUUGUGCUACUUAUUUGAUGAAAAAUGGGAACAACCCAGAGAUUGCAUGGAAUUUUGAUGUCAACUAUGUAAACUGGGCAGCUUCUGUGAUAUAUGGCUAUGUACUUGCAGUGCCUGCUUCGUUUUACUUUUUACUUCGUUAUUUUGGAUCUAAUGCUGGACUUGUACAACUCUGGUGCAUUUGGGGGUAUUCACUUUCCAUUUUUAUUCCAACCGCUUUGUUGCUGGUGAUUCCACUUGAGAUUUUAAAGUGGAUCAUCAUACUUUUUGCUGGUUCUGCAUCAGCUUACUUCAUUGGUCUGAAUCUAAAGCCUUACACCGAAGGGCAACAUGACCUUUUUCUUUGGGUCAUUGGUGCCUCAGUAUUGCAAUUUGUUUUAGCAAUCUUCAUCAAGAUGUUUUUCUUUGCUUAAUGCUGCCUGGAUGAAAUUACUGACAUUCACGGGUAAUUAAGAAUGUCUAAUACACCUUAAAACAUUGGCUAGAUAUGCCUAGUAACUUUUGAUUACA